AUGGGUGUUUGUAUAGUGAGUUUUUCAAUUUUUGUUGUUAUUUUUAAAGUUCUCAAAAUUUCUAGAGUCAAGAAUCCACGUGUGUAAAUGUGCACAAUAUUGAGACAAAUAAUGAUCUUGUAAAUUACUCAAAAGCUGAAGAAAGACCUCCAAUGACUGUUGAACAUCAAACAUAUGAUUAUAAACAAGCUGAAGAAGAACAAUCUGAUGAAUUUCAUGCAAUAAUUUGUUGUCCACAUUCAAUCGGAUAUCAACCAGAUAAAUUAGCACUUAUUGAUUUGGACCCAACAAGUGAAACUUAUUGCCAAAUAAUCUCAGAAUUAACAUUUACUUCAAAUCGAGAUGAACCUGGAAGAAUGAAUUGGGCUAAAUCAGCUGAAUAUUUCAGUGAAAUGAGUAAUAUAAAACGAAGUCAUUUGAUUGUUCCUUGCAUGAAUACUAACAAAAUUUAUAUUGUUCUUUUUGAUAGAGAAAAUUUGAAACUUCGAUUGGAAAAAGAGAUCAAAGGAGAUGUUCUUCUCAAGAAAGAUAUAUCCUGCCCAUAUGCUGUUCAUUCAUUACCACUCAAAGGUGCACCAGUUCAUAUUUCAACGUUAGGAGAUAAACAUGGCCACGGGAAAGGUUUGCGACAGAGAUAUUUUAUAACCUUUUCACCUAUGAAAUUUUCCAGGAGACUAUAUUUUGUUGGAUCGUCGAACUUGGGAACUGCGUCAGAAAAGCGAGCCGACAUUUGCCAAUUUUGGCGGCGAGUUUUCUUUGCAGCCACGUCACAACAUUCUCAUUUCUUGCGAAUGGGGACAGCCGCGUUUAUUCCGCAAUGGCUUCACUACCGAUGAUUUGGAAAAUGUUACCGAGAGUUUCGGAUCGAGUUUGCAUAUUUGGCAAAUUUCGCCACCAAAAAUGCUGCAGACAUUGACUUUGAAUCCCUAUGAUGGGUGUUUGAUUAGCACGGUUAGGUGAGUGAGAAAUGACGAAAUGAAAAAUUUUGGGAAUAAAUUUAUUUAUAGUCGAAGAAGUGGGAUACGAAACGUUUUUUUUUUGAAAAUGAAAAUUUAUUUUCGGAGAGUAUUUAUAAAACUAUCAGGAAAAUUUUUAAUUGUAAAAAUUCAGAAAAAUCAAAAAAAAAAUUAAACUUAAAUUCUUAUAGAUUUAUGCACAAUUCCGACUGCAAUCACGCUUUCGCUUGCUCCGCAAUUGGUGGAACAAUUUUCCAUAUUCACAUGAAUACAUUGACCCAAAUUUGGACCGCGGAUAAAGUUGCAUCGAUUCCCUCACUAAAGGUUUCGCUAUUUUCAACUAGCUUAAUUUGAAUUUUAAAAAAUUAUCCAUGAUAAUUAUGUUUUCCAGGUUGAUGAUUGGCAAAGUAGUGAAAUGCCAGCUUUACUGACUGAUAUGGUUUUAUCAAUGGAUGAUCGAUGGAUGUAUAUUUGUGGAUUUUUGCAUGGAGUUGUUUGGAAAUUUGAUAUUCAAGAUCCAUUUAGGGUUUCACUUUUUGGCAAGGUUUGUGACUAGAGCUCACUAUUUUCUGAUAGUUAUUAUUUCAGAUAAAUCUUGGAGGAAUUAUGGAAAGUUUUCCUGAAGUUAGCAUUCGAAAGGGGAAUGCGAUGGUGACUUUUUUUGUAGUAAUGACAAUUUGUUUUUUGGAAUGUUUGUUUUCAGGAAAAUCGAUGGUGGCUGCCACCUGAAGUUCGAAGUUAUCCACGCGGUGUUCGUUAUCGUGGCGGCCCGGCAAUCAUGCAAUUGUCAAAAGAUGGAAAUCGUUUGUACAUAAGCAAUUCAUUUUAUAAAGCGUGGGAUGCACAAUUUUAUCCGGAGCUUAUUUCGUUAGUUGUUCUUGCACUUUUUCCUCUUUGUCCAAAUUUUUUUUAGUUCCUCCCUCUGAAAAUCUCAAAUUUUUUCCAGCGAUGGUGGGCAAAUGGUCCGUGUUGAUAUGCUAGAAAAUGAUGAGAUGAAACUCAAUGAGAACUUUUUGAUUGAUAUGAAAGAUCAGACAAAUAAUAAGAAUGGAUCUUUUGUUAUUCGAGAUAUUCGAUUGGUUGAUGGAGAUUGUACAAGUGAUUCUUUUUUGUAACAGGAAAUUAUGAAAAUUUGAAAUUACUUAUUUUUGGUACAUUUUUUGCUAAUUUGCAGGCGGAAAUUGAAGGAAUAGGAUUUUUCAGAUUUUAAUUGGAUUGUGGGGUGAAAAUUGUGAGUUUUGCGAAGAAAAAUAGUGCAUCGAAGAACAUUUGAAAAAUAGUUGGAUUUUGGAAAGAUAGAUUUUAUUGGUAAAAUUUUGGAUGAAUAAUUUUCGGAUUCGCAGUUCAGAAAAAGGAAACGAGAUUCUAGUUUCAACAAAUUGUCUAUGGAAAUUAUAAAAUACAAAACAUGUAGAAUUCCAAACUAAAAUUUCCAAUGAAAAUCUAGAUAGACAAGGUUCAAUGCUUCAAACCAAAAAAGGUUCUGAUAUUGAGAUCAAUUGAUUUCAAUAUCAGGUAAGUGCGUCAGACAUUUCAGUUCUUUGAAAAAAUUACACCUGCUCCAUAAAUUUCAUUUCUAUUUCAUUAUAUUUUUUGGAUCAAAAACAAUGAUAGAUUUUUAUGCUCCAAAUUAUCUCAUAAACUAUUACCAUAUUCUGGGUAUUUUCUCAAUUAUUUUCAAUUCUUAUGGUUUUUAUUUUUGGUCAUUUUCAAAAAUCCAAAAAUCGAUAGUUAUCGAUAUUAUUUGCUCAGUUUUCAGGCUCUUUGCACAUUUUCAGACAUUUUAUUGACUUUUGGAAUUCAACCAGUAUUUUUAUUUCCAAUUAUUGGUGGAUUUUGUAAUGGUUUUUUAUCAAAAGUUUUCAAUUUAUCCUCAUUAUUUUUGUCGGUGAGUUUGUUAUCAGAAAAAAUCAAGGUUCCAAAAAUGUUUUCCAUUAUUUUUGUCUCUAGGGUUUUAUGAUGUCUUCUGUGGCCUCCCAAAAUAAAGCUCUAAACAUGUGUUUCAUUCGAAGACAUCAAGCAAUUUCCAAAAUAAGCAGAACUCAACAAAUCCAUAAACAUUGUUAUAAAUUAAUUAUUGUUGUAUUUAUAAUCUACCCAUUCUCAUUAUUUUCGUUCUUUUAUUAUAUUGGAUCAUCGAAAAAUGAACAACUUGAUUAUAUAUCAAUAAAAUAUCCAGAAUAUCUUCACGAUUUUCUGAAUCUUCGAGAAUUUUUUGUUGGAAUUCCAAAUGCAAAAAUAUUUGCAUUUUUUGUUAUAAUUCUAUCAUCUGAAGCAAUGGCUGUAAAUAUAUCAAUAUAUACAACAAUUCAAAUGUUUCGAUUACUUCGAGAAUAUCGACAUUGUUUAUCAAAUGAUAAUUAUAAUAAACAUCGAAAUGCGAUUAAAAGUCUAUUAGCACAAUUGUGUGUUUCAUUUAUGACUGGUUUACCGCCAAUUGAAAUAACAGUUAAUUAUUUUUCAAACUUUUCAACAAAAUGCUCAACUAUUUUCGCAUAUUAG